UUAUAUAGUAGCUCUACUAGAAUGUCAACAAAAACCAAACCUCUAUUACAAAAUGAAAGCAAGUGUAAUGAUUACACCUUUACUUCUAUGUCUUGUUUUCUUCACACAACAAACUCUAGUUGAAUCCAAAACCUCCAAUCACUCUCAACACCAAAAUGAACAAGAGUUAACAUUUUAUAGAUCAAGAAGAAACUUUGGAAGAAAAUGGAUACCAACUUCAACUUGUGAUCCAUUCUACCUUUUUCUAUUUGAUUGUUGUGGCUAUUGGCCUUUCCCUACUUUUCCUUCCCCUGAUAACCCAUUUGAUCAAACACCUCCGCCUUGUUGUCCACUACCGCCUUCACUACCUCCACCUUGUCCGCCGCCUCCGCCACCUCCAUGUCCUUCACCUCCACCACCACCUUGUUGUCCAUUACCACCAUUACCACCAUUACCACCAUUACCACCUAUUCCACCCUGUUGUCCAUUUCUACCAUUUCUACCAAUUCCACCAUCACCUCCACCACCACCGUUAGUCCCGUCUCCGCCGCCUCCAUUUCCUCAGUUUCCACCACUUGUUAUUCCUCCUCCCUUAUCAGACUUACCAGCACUUCCAUUACUAUCACCUCCUUCUUUUUCCAACACAAAUCCACCAGACCUUACUAUUCCACCGCCACUUGUUCCUAUAGUUACGACACCACAAGAUCCAUCUUCAUUUUCAUCUCCACCACCAGCUAUUUUGCUUCCCCCUCCCAUGGCUCCAGAACUUCCGCAAGAAUCACCACCAUCUUUCACCGUGACAAAUCCAACACCAGAGAUUCCACAGGAACCGCCGGUUUUGGCUACACCAACACCAGACGUUUCUCUUCCUUCUCCAGAGAUUCCUCAAGAAUCACCAAUUUCCACCAUGCCAAACCCAACGCCGGAAAUUCCGCAGGAACCACCGGUUUCCGCCAUGCCAACACCGGAUGUUGAUGUUUUCAUGGCGCCUCCGGUGGUUUCUGAGUUUCCAGGUAUCCCACAAGAUCCUGCUCCUGAUACUGAUCCAUCGCCUCCAUGAAGCGCAAUUGUUCCGAGGAUUUAGCUAACACUUCUUCUUUGCAAAGAGUGAAGUUUAUGUUAGUUUUGUUUGUUGGUAUUUUGUUUUGUUUUCUGUCAAUAAGUUAAAAAGUCUCUUUCAUAUAAUAUCCUUUGAAUGCAUGAUUGGUUUUAGAGAAAAAUAAUGUGUAUGAUUUUAAAUUUAAAAUAAUAGAAAAGUGUGUUAUUUGAA